AUGCCUAAAACCAAUAAAGAGAUAGAGAUUGAGAUUGAAAAAGCAAUAGACUCUCUCUCUAAUCAAUCUAAACUUAAUAUUGCAAAAACUGCGCGAGAAUUCGCGGUUUCCGAGAGCCGGCUACGACGACGAUGGAAAGGUGGAAAAUCGCCUUUCCAACGACAACCCAAUGGCCGGAAGCUUACUCCUAUACAGGGGGGGGGCUUUAUGUGA